GCAUGCUGCGCGUGUUGUUUACCUUUGAGUUUAUAACCUAUUACUUCAGAUUUUUUUAAAGAAGUGUCCUAAACGUAUAAUUUAUUAGACAUGAAAACAUUAUAUUAGAAAAAAUGGUGAAAAGGAAAAUAGAAUCUACUGUUUCUGUGGACAACGAAGAUUCUCAAGCUCUUAAUGAAAAUGGAGAAACGCAAGCGAAGGAACCUAAUAAGGAUGGUAAAAAACGUAUAAAAAACUUGUACCGGCAACCCACUGUAAAUGAAUUAAAUAGACUACAAGAGACUGAGAAUUUAUUCAAUUCGAAUUUGUUCCGUCUUCAAAUCGAAGAAAUACUGCAAGAGGUGAAAAUCAAAGAGAAAGUGGAAAAAAAGUUUCAAGCAUGGUUUCUCGUCUUCAAGGAUCAUUUACAAUCCAUAGAAGAAGAUGACACUGAGUAUGAUCUUAGUGAGCAAGCUUUAGCUAAGCGUCUUAAAGUAAAGUUACCUAUUAGUGACAAAUUGAAGAAGACUAAAUGCAUGUUUAAAUUCAACAAGUUCACCAAUGUUGAAAUUGUUGGCUCUUAUAGUUUAGGAUGCUUUAUAAAUUCAAAACUUAGAAUAGAUAUACAGAUUACUGUGCCAGCUGAUACAUAUACUAAAAAUGACUCAAUCAACUACAGGUAUCAUAAAAAAAGAGCAGCAUAUUUAGCUGUUAUAGCUUCUCAUUUGAAAGAUCUAAAUACAAUUGAGGAUUUGAAGUAUUCUUGGCUGAACAGGUGUGAAACUAAGCCAGUAUUAGACUUUAAACCUGCUGGGAAGCUCGGCAACUUUGUGUCUGUCCGUAUCAACUUAGUUUGUGAACAAGAAGCGUAUAAAUUACAUAGAUUUAGUCCUUCUCGUAAUAAUUUGAGGGAAUCAUGGUUGUUAUCACUAGAUAAUUCAGAGAGUAACACAGAGAUUGGUCCUCCAACACCAUAUUAUAAUAAUAGUGUACUAAUGGAUCUUACUGCAUCAGAAAAUGAAGAAUACUUAAAAGAGAUAUUAUUGAAAAGUGAAAAUUUGAAGCAGGCAGUUAUUUUAUUAAAAAUUUUGAGACAAAGGAAUUUGCAAGUAUCAGGACAUAUUGUUAGUAUGCUGGUUGCAUACUUGGUGCAAUCAAAGAGGAUCAACAAUAUAAUGAGCAGUUAUCAAAUUAUCAGGAAUGUGUGGAUUGCAAUAAAAACAUCUGAAUGGGAUACAAAAGGCAUAUCCCUCCACAAAGGAGAUGACUCGCCACAACUACAAGAAUUCCUACAACACUUUCCUGUAGUAUUUCUGGACAGGACUGGCUACUACAAUGUCUGUUGGCAGAUGUGUAAGGGCACAUAUGAUGCAUUGAGGAGAGAAUGUGCCUUCUCUGUUGAAAUGUUGGAUAAUGGGAAGAUAAACAGCUUCAUACCACUUUUCAUGACUCCUGUGCGGCCUCUUUUACAGUUUGAUCAUAUAUUAAGAUUCAAAGCUUUUAGUAAAGUUAAACAAUCAGUGAUUUGCACAGUAUCAUCACAUGCUCGAGUGAAUUAUGGUUUAGACGAGCUUGCCCUUGUCACUGAUACCCUUCAUGCUCUCCUGACAAAAGGGCUGGGCGAUAGGGUGACUCUGAUAUUACAAUUAGUGGAAGCUGACUUAUCAUGGCCUGUCAGAAUUAAUCUUGAGAAGGCGAGGAAAGAGUUUAAAGAGAAUCUAUCUUUUGGCAUUAUACUGAACCCUGAGAGAUGUUUAAAUGUUGUGGAAAAGGGACCACCGGCCAAUUUACCUGAAGCUGAAGAAUUUAGAGCGUUCUGGGGUGAGAAGUCAGAGCUGCGUCGCUUCCAAGACGGGUCCAUCACGGAGGCGUGCGUGUGGGACGCGGAGAACAGCGUCGAGCAGCGAGGCGUUACCAGGCAAAUCAUCGAUUAUCUAAUGAAGCUCAAAUACCAGUUGGAGCCAUCAGAGCUGUUUCAUGUGGGUUGGCAGCUCGACAGCUUGUUAGAGCGUAAAGUGCAGCACUCCAGCGGCUGCAGCGAGCGUUCGCUGGCCACGCUGCAAGCGCUGGAUGCGCUGCGUCGACAGUUAAGACAGCUCACACAGCUGCCCCUUAACAUCAGCGGACUACAUGGUACGUCACCAGUGUUCAGCUACACGGAACCGCUGCCGCCGCUGGCGCUGGGCCCUCAAACGAAGCCGUGGCGGCGCGCCAACUGCUGCCUCAUCAAGGACUCGGACAUAGACCCCUUCGUGCCACCAUACACACCUGUCUCUAAGGCCAUUAUUGAGUUGGGGCACAGUGGAAAAUGGCCGGGCGAUAUCGAAGCGUUCCGUUGUCUGAAAGCCGCGUUCCACCUGCAAAUAGCCGAGCGUCUGAACAAACAGUUCUCACUGCCCACGCAGGCCUAUCCGACGCACUUCGACGUACUCAGAGACGGUCUAGUAUUCCGACUAGAGAUCGCUCACCCCAAGGAGAUAACGUUACUAAGAAGACAGACAGAGAAUGGUGUGGUGAAGUUCAAAGAGAGCGAGGAAAGCAUUCAAUUGCAUUAUGAUACUGUGGUACUGCCGAGGUUGAGAGGUGCUUUGCAUGGGCUUCACCAGAAGCACGCGUCUGUGGGUCCAGCGACGUGCUUGCUGAAGCGCUGGCUGUCAGCGCAGCUGCUAGGCUCGUCGCUGCCGCCGGUGACUGCUGACUUGUUAGUGGCAGCGGCUACGCUGCGCUGCUCACCACUGCCUUCCACCGUCACGCCGCUCGCGCUACUUGCUCGCGUCCUGGCGCUGCUCGUCGACACAGACUGGGCCCAGGAGAUCGUCGUGCUCGACUUCAACGACGACUUCACACCUGAAGAGAUCUCGACCCUGGAGCGCGAGUAUCAGUCGCGGGAGGAUCGUUCCCCGCGGCUGUACGUGGUGACGCCGUACGACGGGGAGCUGCCGUCCGCCUGGAGCCGCCACGAGCCUACACCUCAACUCCUUGCCAGGCUGCAGGUCCUCGCCAGAAGUACGCUCCAAUACUUGCAAAAGUCCUUGUUGGACGACAUGAAGGACAAUAUAUUGCCCAUUUAUGUUCCGUCACUGUCGGGCUACGAUGUUCUCAUUCAUCUGAAAGCCAAACUAGUCCCACACUACAGUGAGAGGGUGGACCAAAGACCCCGACAGAGGGCGCCACCAGAAUCGGUACUGGAUGACGUCAUACCCGUCGUCGAGUUCAACCCCGUCAUGAAAUAUUUGGACGAGUUGAGGAGUGCGUACAGUGAGUACGCUUUAUUUUUCCACGACACGUACGGCGGCGACGUGAUUGCAGUGCUGUGGAAACCGGACAUUGCUGAUGUUAGAGAGUUACAGAUAUUGAACGCAAACGCUUUAAAGCCGGUGGUGGUGGACGGCGAGACAAAGUACAAGGUCAACACGGAAGCUCUGAUAGAAGACUUCAAACAUCUUGGCGAUGGACUGGUCACACAUGUCACUGUUAAUACAUAAAUAUAUGUACAUAUUAUUAUAAUAUAAUAAAUAUUUAUAGUAUUUUCAUUUUA